UAGUUUUGAUCUAUCUGUACUUUAUGGUACCGUACAUGGUACGAUGAUACGGAAGUACCGCCGGUAGACUACUAGCUAGAUCUACUGUCUCGGUACGCCAUACCUGGUACAGUACAGGGAGGAUGAUGGAGGAGGAUGAUGAUGGAUGUGUGAUGGAUUGAAAGGCGGUCUUCUUCGAGACCGUGGAGCAUCGGCGUGGAAAAUAAAGGGUUAAGGCUAAUCUCAACGAAGGGUCUCGAAGGCCAAGGAUCUCGUCUCUCGGCCCAUGAUCUGCGCUCUUGCUAUCUUUUGCUUGCCGUCACAACGCUGUUGCUGCUAUCUUUUGAGAGUCUUUCACCAUGGCCCGUCGAUACGAUUCAUCCACCACCACCUUUUCGCCUGAGGGCCGUCUGCAUCAGGUUGAAUAUGCCAUUGAAGCAAUCAACAAUGCUGGUACAUGUGUGGGAAUCCUAGCCAAAGAUGGAAUUGUCAUGGCUAGUGAACGAAGGAUCACCAGUGGUCUUUUGGCUCCAGCCAAGACGUCUGAAAAAACCUACACGUUGUGCCCUCACGCCUCGUGUAAUGUGGCUGGGUUGACUGCCGAUGCCAAUAUUUUGAUUGAGCAAGCUCGGCUUCGGGCGGGUCGGUACCACUAUCAGUAUCAAGAACCGAUUCCUGUGGAGCAGUUGGUGGAGUAUGUGUGCAAUUACAAGCAAUUUUAUACGCAGCGAGGUGGUCUUCGGCCAUUUGGAGUGGCCUUUUUGUUUGCGGGGUACGAUGAACACCACGGCUUCCAACUCUAUCAAUCCGAUCCCAGUGGAAAUUACUCGGGAUGGAAGGCCACUGUCAUUGGAGCCAACAAUCAGGCUGGGAAGUCAAUUCUGAAAAGCGAUUACAAAAAGAAGCAAGAAGGAGAGAUGGACGAAGACAAAGAGCCUGAAAUCCCAGAUGUGCAGGAGGCACUCAAAUUGGCCGUCAAAGUAUUGAACAAAACUAUGGAUGGUACUGGGUCGGCUGCGGCCGAGAAAAUGGAGCUUUUCACCAUGAAAUUGGACGAAAGCAAGAAAUGUGUCCACCGCAUCUUGACAAAGGAGGAAGCACAAGAAGUCAUUGACUCGGUCGAACAGGAGGCGGCUGCUGCUGGUGACUCGUAAGGAUGAAAUAUCCUGUUGAGUGGUUGGAAUUACACACCCUGACAAACAAUAAAUCAAUUCUAUUCUACUAGUAAGACGUAAAGAGUACUAGGGCUUUGUGAUCUACGAGCCUGUUUUGUUGAAUCUGUGCAACAAAGAAAUAGGAGCAAAGCAUAUGGUGAAGGUGUAUUUCCUCGUUCUCUUUCCCAACCGAGUCGAGUCUACGUAGCAAAGAGUGGCUGCUCGAUUCCACAGCGAUUACUUGUCCCUGGCCUCGACUGAUGAUCAAGACCUGUUUUCUCUCUCAGAGCGCGUACCGGUAUGUGUAACGAGGCAGAAACUCUUUUGACGCACAAUGUGAGCUGAAGGAACAGCCUCUUGUGGUGGACGUGACACUGAAAACCGUAUGCAGCGUAGCUGAAGCAACGCAAGGAGUCCAGUAUGUUGCUGGAACUAGAGCUGCGAGGGAGAGUGAGCCCAAUGCACACCCGCAACCAUUACGAUCAGUUGCACCCCUUGAUUUUAGCAGCCAGUAGAC